UCUCAUGCAUUUUGUAAUUAUUUGUUGACAUCACCUAUAAAAUGGAUUAUCAUUAUUGCCCCAGAUCUGCAUCUCAUCCUUGUGAUUCACAGGAGACAUGUCCACAACUAAGGCCUGGAACAGCUCUUCAGUGACCACAUUCAUUCUGCUGGGAUUUGCAGACCAUCCAGAGCUCCAGGUCCUCCUCUUUGUCACCUUCCUGGGCAUCUAUCUUGUGACCCUGGCCUGGAACCUGGCCCUCAUCUUUCUGAUCAGAAGUGAUACCCAUCUGCACAUACCCAUGUACUUCUUCCUCAGCAACUUGUCCUUCAUUGACAUCUGCUACUCUUCUGCUGUAGCUCCCAAGAUGCUUGUGGGCUUUUUCCAAGAGCUGAAGACCAUAUCAUUCUUGGGCUGUGCUGCUCAGUUUUUUUUUGUUGGUAUGGGUCUAACUGAGUGCUUCCUCCUGAGUGCUAUGGCAUAUGACCGAUAUAUAGCCAUCUCCAGGCCCCUGCUCUACACUGUCAUCAUGUCCGAGGGCCUCUGUACACGCAUGGUGGUUGGGGCGUACAUCGGUGGCUUCCUGAGCUCCCUGAUCCAGGCCAGCUCUAUAUUUCGGCUCCACUUCUGUGGACCCAACAUCAUCAACCAUUUCUUCUGUGACCUCCCACCUGUCCUGGCACUUUCUUGCUCUGACACCUUCCCCAGUCAGCUGGUGAAUUUCCUUGUGGUGGUCACUGUGGGGGGGACAUCAUUCCUCAUCCUCCUCCUCUCCUACAGUUACAUAGUGGCUGCUGUCUUGAAGAUCCAUUCAGGUGAAGGUCGAAGGAAAGCCUUCAACACAUGUGCCUCGCACCUGAUGGUGGUGACUCUGUUGUUUGGGACAGCCCUUUUCAUGUACCUGCGGCCCAGCUCCCGCUACACACUUGGCAGGGACAAGGUGGUGUCUGUGUUCUAUUCGCUGGUGAUCCCCAUGCUGAACCCUCUCAUCUACAGUUUGAGGAACAAAGAGAUCAAAGAUGCCUUGUGGAAAGUGUUGGAAAAGAAGAAAGUGUUUUCUUAGUUCAUGACUGAAAACAUACUGCUCCAAAGUACUGUAGCUGGAAGUGAUCCACCUCCAACUCUGGCUUAGGCAAUGGGGAUAUAUUGCGUGCAUAUUUGAAAAUGGGGUUCCUCCCUGCUGAUUCCUCACCUUGUUUUUCAUGGUCAUGUGUCUACUGACCCCACCACGGACAGUCAUAAGGGGGAAGAAACUAUUUUUAAAAAAAUCUUUUCAGGGUAGCCAAUUCUCACAAUUGGUAUUAUAACAACUACCUUUUAUUGAGUGCUUAAUAUGUACCAAGCACAAAAGUUAUUUAAUUAAAUACUCAUUGCAGUGCUACAAUGCAUAUAGCAUUAUCCUUAUGUUAUGAGGAAACAAGGCCCCCACAAGGAACAGUGAUUUGCCAGGGUCACACAGGAAGUAAGGAGCAGAACCCCCAUUCAGACCCAGGUCUUCCUGACUCCAGAGCCCUUGCUCAGUCCAAACUCUGCCUUCUGUGUACAACAACAAACAUCCCUGCAUGUGCAGAACUCUUAUCACUUGCAUCUGACAGAGUUCAAAAAGAUACGCUCUAUACAUAGUUGAGCUGAGUUACAAAACAAGAUGCCAACUCCACUAAACACUCUCUCCAAGAUGUUCCUGUUGGACUCCCAUGAGGGCUACUCAAUAAUUUGCCAAGCAAACACUGGAGGACAUUACCCUUUGCUGCCAUUUCUAUCUCAGCUACAUAGGAGAAUGGAAAAUUUGAGUCCAAUGGUAUCACCUCAAUAUUCUUCUCUAAUCAAACACAGUCACCUAAACUACCUACUCAGUCAGAAUCUCCUUGAUUUCAACCACAUCAGUCCUUCACCAGUUCAGCACUGGACACCAUUUCUCAGCUCCAUGUCCCUUUUGAUCAGCACACCCUGAGUUCCUCUUGCUCUCAUCUACCUGAACCCAAUGCUCCUAUAAAGUCUUUGUUUCUGUACUUGAAUGGAUUAGCCCCGGCAGCCCCACAUUCACUAUUAUUUGCCAUCACCUCAGGGAGGUAUACCUCAAGCUGUCACCUCCAAGUCAGCACUCCUUCACAGUGAACACUUGCAGUGGGUUGUCCAGCCCCAUUGCUGCUGGUGCAUCCCUCUCUCACUCCUUUAUGGCUCUGUCCUCCCCCCAAGCACAUUCACUCUCCCAUUAGUGUAAGUCUGUUGAAUAUGCAAGAGUGAAGUGGCCCUGAGGCUUCUUCAACCUCCUUCUUUCUAACCGUAGAAAACAGAAAAAAGAGACCACUGUUUCACAAGUCUACUCUUCACAGAAAA